AUGUCUCUUCUGUGCUUGCUACUCUUUAGUAGAUGCAGAUUAUCCCCUCAUUCUUCCUUGAUCGCUCUUCUGCGCCUAACCCGACUGACUUUAUCGUCAUCUCUUCUUGGAUUAUUCUACAUUUCAAUUUGGAUUUCACCCUUUCAACAGGUGGCAGCAGAGAAACCCAUUGACAAAGCCAUCCUUAGUGCCUAUGGGGUCAAAAAUCCUAAAGUAGUUGAAUUCUUCUGUAUUCCUUACAAUCAUGAAUUCCAUGAAUUACCAAGUAACCAGAAAUCAGCAAAAUUCUAUCCCCUCAUGGAUUUUACCCCAGACACUGGUUGCACUGACAUCUACAGUGACAGGAACAUCAGUAACACUGUGGUGGCUGUGACUAGAGGAGAUUGUAACUUUGCAGUGAAAGCUGCUUUCAUCCUAAAAAAUGGUGGAAUUGGAGUUCUCAAUGUAUCACCAGACAAUAAAACUCAGAUUAUUCCAGGUGGAAAUGAAUCUGAUUACCACAAUAUCAAUAUCACUGUAGCAUUGAUUCGAGAAAUGGAUUUUCUUUCAAUUAAGCAACUUGGUGAGAAUAUAAUGGUAAAACUAUUCUCCCCUCAACCAUCCUUAUUAUAUGCUACUGAAUUUGUUAUCCUCCUUUUGGCGAUGUCGAGCAUCGUUAUCGGCUCUUACUGGUCAGGAUUUUCUUUCUUUCAAGAGGAGGAGGAGAAUGACACAGGUGGGCAUAAACCUCUUGAAGAUGAGACCAAAACUGAAACAACCCUGGAGAAACGCCAGGCAAAAGCUGUCUUCCCUGUUUCCAUCCCAGUUGUCAUCCUGAUGAUGUGUGUCAUGUCCACAUUUCUCUUGGGACUCUACUUCCUUUAUGAUUAUUUAGUGUACGUUGUGAUUUUUAUGUUCACUCUUACAUCAUCCGUUGCUUUCUAUACCUGCUUCAAAGGAAUAUGGAAUUUUGUGAUACCAGGAGAACAGCGGUUGCAGUUUUCAUGUCUGGGAUGUUAUCAUUUUGACAUGAAGUACAAAGAGAUUGUUUUUGCAUUGAUUAGUAUGUCUGUUGGCAUAAUUUGGUUCAUUUAUAGACAUGCACACUUUUCUUGGGCUAUUCAAGAUGUCCUGGGUGUAUUGUUUUGUAUACACGUAUUAAAAAAUAUUCGUAUUCCAAGUUUAAAGUUGUCUCUUUCCAUUUUUUCUCAAUCACUCUCCAUCAAAAUUCUCACUCCUUUCUCCACACUUCUCAGUGUCUCCAGUUACUUCUCUCUCACUUCUAAUUGUCUCCCAAUUUAUAAUUAUAUCUGUGGUUGCUUCUCUCUUACUGUCUUCAUAAAUAAAUUCUUUUGUUCUUUUUUUCUCAAUAUUUUUCAAUUUUUUUCUCUCUCUCUACGGCUCUCAUUAUCUUUCUCAAAUCUACGUGUCUCCAGCUUACUCUCUCUCUCCUUUGUUCCAAUAAUGACUCUCAAUUCUAAAUUUCCAUCUUUUCUCUCUCUUUUCUUUCUCAGUUACUCUCUCUCUUUCACUCUUUCUUCUCCUCCAGAUCUCUCUCUCUUUUUAAAGUCUCCUUCUUUCUUUCUGUCUCUUUCAGACUUUACUUCCUCCCAAUUUAUCUUUUGUCUCCCAAUUUAUCUUUCUCUCUCUCUCCCUUACGAUUUGCUACUUCCUCUCGCUCUCUCUUCUAUGGUCUCCCACUUCCUCUCUCUCUCUGAUCCUCACAAAGAAAUUUUAUUUUCUCAACUUGCUGGCACCAUAUUCUUGUCUUUGGCCUUCUUUUAUGAUAUAUUCUUUGUAUUCAUCACACCAUAUCUUACAAAGAAUGGAUCCAGUAUAAUGAUUGAUGUAGCCACAGGUGGGAGAAGCCAUCAUCAGAAUGAACAGGAAUCCGUUAGCAACAUGCCUCGGUCAUUAUCUAAGCCCGAUUCUAAGACAACAAUUAACCCCACUGGGGGAGUUGUGGAAAUUCUCCCACUAGUUUUCCGAGUGCCUCGUUUAUAUUUAUCACCACUCUCAGUGUGCUUUGUACAGGAGUCUCUUCUGGGGUUUGGAGAUGUCAUAUUGCCGGGUGUGCUAAUUGUCUACAACCACAUUUUUGACAUCUAUGCCCGUACAAAAAAACUCUAUUUUGUAUUAUCUGUUAUUGCCUAUUUAUUAGGUCUUGUUCUUGCUUUUGUGGCUUUAUCUAUAAUGAAAAUUGGUCAGCCAGCCUUGUUGUAUCUUGUGCCCUGUGUCCUGUUGUCAACUAUCAUUCCAGCUUGUAUCAGAGGAGAAUUAAAAGUAAUGUGGACAGGAAGCUUUUUGUCAUUUAAGCCCGAACCUGAAGCCCAUCCAGAGCCUCAUGAAGUCAGUGAAAACACAGAAGAGAUAAACGACCCACAACAGUGCAACUCCAAAAUGAGUGUGACUCUUGGAAAAGAAGAGGAUCAUUUACUUGCCAGAUAA